UUCAGUAGGUUUUUGAACGCCGCUGAGAGCAGCUGCACAUUUUCGAGAUACGGAUACGGUUAGCUUCGUUGCAGCAGCACACCAACCAUCAACAUGGCGGUCUUUGGCAUGGUCUCGGCUGUGUCCGGCUUUAUCAAGAUACGCUAUCUGCUGGACAAGGCGGUCAUCGACAACAUGGUUUUCCGCUGCCACUACAGGAUCACGACGGCCAUUCUGUUCACUUGUUGCAUCAUCGUCACCGCAAACAAUCUGAUCGGCGAUCCCAUAAGUUGCAUCAACGACGGCGCCAUUCCGAUGCACGUAAUCAACACCUUCUGCUGGAUCACCUACACGUACACGAUACCUGGCCAGCAGCAUCGGCAAAUCGGAACGGACGUGGCUGGUCCGGGAUUGGGCAAUGAGUACGGCCAGGAGAAGCGCUAUCACAGCUACUAUCAAUGGGUGCCAUUCGUGCUAUUCUUCCAGGGGCUCAUGUUCUACGUGCCCCACUGGGUUUGGAAGAACAUGGAAGACGGCAAGAUCCGCAUGAUCACCGAUGGACUGCGCGGCAUGGUCAGUGUGCCGGAUGACUAUCGGCGUGAUCGCCAGGACCGGAUCCUCAAGUAUUUCGUGAACAGUUUGAACACCCACAACGGCUACUCGUUCGCAUACUUUUUCUGCGAACUGCUUAACUUUAUCAACGUGAUUGUGAAUAUCUUUAUGGUGGAUAAGUUUCUGGGCGGUGCUUUCAUGUCCUACGGUACGGAUGUGCUCAAGUUCUCCAACAUGGAUCAGGACAAGCGCUUCGAUCCGAUGAUCGAGAUCUUUCCCCGGCUCACCAAGUGCACGUUCCACAAGUUCGGUCCCAGUGGAUCGGUCCAGAAACACGACACUCUCUGUGUGCUGGCACUGAAUAUCCUCAACGAGAAGAUCUACAUCUUCCUGUGGUUCUGGUUUAUCAUCUUGGCCACCAUCUCCGGCGUGGCUGUGCUCUAUUCACUGGUGGUUAUCAUGAUGCCCACCACUCGGGAGACCAUCAUCAAGCGUUCUUAUCGCUCGGCACAACGGAAGGAAAUCGCCGGACUGGUUAGGCGUUUGGAGAUUGGUGACUUCCUGAUCUUGCACUUCCUGAGCCAGAACCUCAGCACAAGAUCGUACAGUGACAUGCUGCAGCAGCUCUGCGGUCUGCUAGGAGCAUCCCGAACACCAUCCGCACCAUCGACCCUUGAAAUGAACCGCAUCAGCCAUCCGAUUUAUCCGCCCGUGGAGACCUUCGGCGGUGGCAAGGAGACGGAGACAUGAGCCCGUGGCCAGGGUUUGGCUUCAAAACAAUGAUUUCAAUGAUUUCUCAAUAAUAUUUGUAGGGGGGAGAUAGAGAGAGUUGUGUGUCAUGAGGUUAGGCAUUUCCAUUUCUACCACUAAGACUGCAAGAGAACGAAUCAGCAAUUGCACUUUCGGAGAUCCAACUCAGUAAUGUUCUGUGCGAAAUAUAUUUAGCAAAAUUAUAAGGAAACAAUCUUUGAAUAUGGUCCUAGGCAGGCGAAAGACAGGUGCAGUUCGUCAUUGACACGAGGUGAGCCACAGAGUGAGAAGAUACAAAUAAAAAAUAAAUCAAAUAAAAAUGUGAAAAAAAAAAUAUCAUAAAAAACGAGAGGGACACAGGCAGACCGUGCAAUUUGUAGGUUGAAGAUGAUGAUUGAACGACGAUCGAGGAUAUCCCAUAUAACGAUUUUGCUACUUGGUAUCGUAGUUAGGUCGUUGACAAUGAUGCGCCAUUUAAAAUAUACACAUAAGUUUAGCAGUUAGCUCGAUAGUGGACAGAUGGAUAGUUCGGAUCGAGGAAUACCUAUGCAGCUAUAUAUCUGCUUACCGCUCACGCACGCUCACGAAACGUUGAUCUAUAUAAAAUUGUAGUAAUCGAAUGGUACGAAUACGACGAGGAAUAUGAUUAUGAAUAUUUAAACGAGUAUACACAAUGCUCUCGCUAUUUUUGUCCUAACAUUUAGUCUACAGAUAUAUCGUAAUUUUAAGCAAUUUUGUUUAUAACAAAAUUAUUGUGAUUAUUGCUAGAAAAGAACACAUUUUACAUAAAGCAAAAGAGAACCCAAGCUAUCUAAGUUCAAAGUUGUAAUAAAUAUUCUACAUACAAUUUCAGCU